UUACCUCCAACCAAACGCCACCUACUCAUCCCUUUUCUUAAAGUUUCAUAAAAUAUUAUGUUGCUAUAUAUAAUUGCAAAAACAACCUGUCCUUUCUUAACUUAGCCUCUCCUAUUUCAUUUACAAGACUUUGAAUCCAUGAAACUUAAGUUAUAGGGUUAAAAUUUCCACACUAUUUUUAUCAUGUCCCCAAAAUCUAUGUGUCCCGUAUUAAUUAUGGCUUUUUCUACAUACCAUGUAUUUAUAUACAAAUUAUUUCAUCCUAGGAUGAGUACCAUAUUUCUUACUCCAAGCUAGCGCGUCACCAUAGAUUAAAACAUGAAGAAAUAUCAAAGCAAACCCAGCUUUUUUCUGCUCUUUGUGAUUACUUUCUCAUUCUCAAUCAUUAUUAGAUCAGCCACAGCUCAACAUGAUGAUGAAGUUGAGGAUGAGAAGGAGUUUGAUUAUGCAAAAGAUGGUGCAAAGGGCCCAAAUAGUUGGGGAGAGAUUAAGAAAGAAUGGUCUGCCUGUACAAAUGGAGCAAUGCAGUCUCCCAUUGAUUUAUCUAAUCAAAGGGUCAAAAUUGUUUCACAGCCUGGAAAACAGGACCUCAUAGAAAAUUACAUCCCUUCUAAUGCCACCCUUAAAAAUAGAGGCCAUGAUAUUUCGGUCCAAUGGGAUAUAGGUAAAGCAGGGUCAAUCAUUGUUGAUGGCACCAAGUAUUUCCUCCAUCAAUGUCAUUGGCACUCACCUUCUGAACACACCCUUAAUGGCACAAGGUAUGCUACUGAGAUGCAUAUGGUUCACAUAAGCCAAGAUAACAAAAUUGCUGUAAUUGGUGUUCUGUUCAAUAUUGGUACCCCUGAUCUUUUCCUAUCAAAGUUAAUUGGAGAUAUAACAGCAAUGGCUGAUACUAAUGAAGAAAAACAUUUGGGGGUAAUUGAUCCAUCAGAGAUCAAGCUUGAAGAGAAGAAGUAUUAUAGAUACUUAGGCUCUCUUACAAUUCCUCCUUGUACCGAAGGUGUUGUUUGGAUCUUAAGCAAAAAGUUGAGGACAAUUUCAGCGGAUCAAGUACAUCAACUUCGAUUGGCUGUUCACGAUUUUGCAGAAAGGAAUUCAAGGCCUAUUCAAUCACUCAAUUCACGACAAGUUCACUUGGUCGACGGGUAGAUAUAUUUGAUAUAAAAGAUUAAUUAAUUUGAAAUCAAAUAUAUGAUAUAUUACUUAUUUUUGUUUUAUAUUUUAUGUCUUAUAAUACAUCAUGUAACAAUUAAUUUCUUAUCUUUUAUAUUGAUUUUUA